AUGGCCAUGGCGGACGGGACUGGUGGUGGUGGAGGUGGAGCUGGUGCGUGCGCAAGCCAGCUCCAGGUUGGCGGCCACGGGCAUGCGGGUGGUGUGGAUGACAUUGGAGUAGAAGCCGAAGCGGAUGGCGGGAAGCUUGAUGUCACCAUUGCCGACGUGGUGGCUGGAGAUGCCGAAGAGGUUGCGGUUAAGGUCGGCAACUUGGUGGAGGUGGAGCCCGCGUCCGAGGCUGGCGGCACCGAGUCCGCGUCCGAGGCGGGCGAUGCAGCUCAUCAUACCGAACUCGCGUCCGAGGCUGGCAACCCCGAACCCGCGCCCGAGGCGGGCGAUGCAGCUCAUCAUACCGAACUCGCGCCCGAGGCUGGCAACCCCGAACCCGCGCCCGAAGCUGGCGAUGCAGCUCAUCAUACCGAACUCGCGCCCAAGGCUGGCAACCCCGAACCCGCGCCCGAGGCGGGCGAUGCAGCUCAUCAUACCGAACUCGCGUCCGAGGCUGGCAACCUCGAACCCGCGCCCGAGGCGGGCGAUGCAGCUCAUCAUACCGAACUCGCGCCCGAGGCUGGCAACCCCGAACCCGCGCCCGAGGCGGGCGAUGCAGCUCAUCAUACCGAACUCGCGCCCGAGGCUGGCAACCCCGAACCCGCGCCCGAAGCUGGCUAUGCAGCUCAUCAUACCGAACUCGCGCGCGAGGCUGGCAACCCCGAACCCGCGCCCGAAGCUGGCGAUGCAGCUCAUCAUACCGAACUCGCGCCCGAGGCUGGCAACCCCGAACCCGCGCCCGAGGCGGGCGACGCAGCUCAUCAUACCGAACUCGCGCCCGUGGCUGGCAACCCCGAACCCGCGCCCGAAGCUGGCGAUGCAGCUCAUCAUACCGAACUCGCACCCGAGGCUGGCAACCCCGAACCCGCGCCCGAGGCGGGCGACGCAACUCAUACAACAACCAGCGCGACUCCGCUAGUCACCCGCGAGACACCUCUCGACGCCGCAACCCUCCUUCCGCUCGUCGACAUCAUCCACGCGGCGACUUCGGCGGCGUCCACCCCGGGCGACAUUCCAUGGGCCGAGGCCCGCGGCCUCCGCAUCCUCUGCGCCCGCCUCUCCCUGGUGGAUAGACUCGACCAGGAUGCCAUCAUCCCACCGCUUGCGGACCUCGCCCUCCGCCUUGCUCACCUACAUAUGGCCAUCCACUCGCCAAGCGAGGCUGACGUUGCGGAAGCGUCGGACCAUUGCACCAUGGUCAUCCGCGAGCUUGUGGCUGCCUCGCACUCGGAAGCUCUUGCGGCAUCCCCUGCUCGUACCGCCGCCGCAUUCGAUCUUGUCGAUGGUCUCUGCGGCCUCAUUGACUCCUUUCUUCUCCCGCGCGCCCUCGACACCGAGCUUUGGCUCCCCCCUGCGCUCAACUACACCACCGCCGCAUUUGAGCUCGCCGACAAGGCCGGGCUUGCUGACGCGCAGGUCACGCUUCUCACUGCUCUUGCCGCCCUCUAUUCGCACCAGGCCACCUCGCUUCCACCGUCGCGGGCAUACGCAAACGGACACAAGAUCGCGACUCUCUACGCCUACUCGGCCAUCCAAGUCGCCGACGAUGCCGGACUGACCGGCGACAACGUACAUGCUGCUGCACUUGCUCCACUCGCCACCACCGCCGCCUUUAUGCGUGCCGUUGCCGCUCAUCCGCUCUCGCCGGCCGGUGCCGCCCUGCUCGACGCCUACGUCAGCCCACUGCCUGCGGCUGACCUUGCGUCUCUCCCGUGGUUUGUCAACCGGGGUACCCUCCACUUUAUGCGCUACUUUGUGGCCCUCCUCUACCAGCGCUUCUUUGAGCCGCGCGUCGACGCCGCCCGCCUUGCGCCGCGCUCGCUCGAGGCCGUCUCGCCGGUCUUCACCCGCAAGCUGACGGCCCUGCUUGUGACUGAAGGCCUUGUCCCGGCAUCGGCAGCACAUGGCUCAAGCCGUCAAGCCGCCGAGGACGCGGAUGUAACUCCUGCGCCGCCGUCCUCGGUCGACUGGAUCUUCUCGCUCCUCGCAGCACAUCAGGACCAGUUUGUCCAUGUGCUCCAGCGCGAUGAGGGUAUUCAUGUUCUUAUGCGUCUCAUGGGUGGCAUGACCUGCGCACUGCUCGAGACGCUCAUCGAGGACGCCAUGUCUAUCACCGGCCCCCGCCCUGCGCAUGGUCUGUCGUUGGCCUCGGCUCGCUCGCUCGCGAGGAAAUGUCCGCACAUCCUCAGCUACUUUCAGGCCACCAUGGAGCUCCUCGAGCUACAAACCAUCGGCCUCGGCGAGACACCCUUCCUCUGCUUUGACCGCGGUCAGCGCUCGGUGCUCAAGGACGGCUUCCGCCUUGACGUCGCCGCACUCUCGCCGGUCAACACCAUCACUACGCCCGGCGAGCUUGCCCGUCGUCAAGUCGAGGUCGCCUGUGACCUGCUCGGCGGCGCCGACGUCGACCCCAUCGGCCACGGCAUUCGCUCCGGGUGCCACGUGGCUGGCGAGCCCGAGCUGUUCAGCGACUACUGCGCCGCACUCGCAGAUGUCUUUGCCUCCAAGCUCGAUGACGUUCUCCCUACCUCGAACAACCUCAUCCUCCAAUGGGCCCUUCACAAUCGUCGCAAGGACGAGGCCUCUGGCAUGCUCAUCGAUAAUCCGGCCAUCGCUGCCGCACAGGAUCUGCUUGAUCAGCGUCGCCGCGACGAGGCCGACAACUACUACCACUACGACGACGAUGGCACGACCAAGCGGGCCAAGCGAGUUCGCCGAGCGCUCAACGCGCCCGUCAAGAUUGUCACCCGCUUUGCUCGCUCCCGUGGAGACGGCGCGGCAGGCGACGCCGCGCCCAUGUCGGCCGAAGAAUUGGCCGCGUGCAUUCGCGACGGCCGCCAGGUGCAGCUUUCGUCCGAGCAAGCUAUCCUUCCCUACGUUGCCCUCCGCCAGUUCUACGCCAUCGAGACGCUCAAACGGAACAACACGGCACAUGGCGUGUUUUCUCCUGGCGAAGUGCCACUCGCCGGCGAACUGUUUGUCAAGGACAACCUCUGUCGGUUCAUUGCUCUCGCCCUCGACGGCCUCGCCCUCUACGUUGGCAUCGCCUGCGCCUCGACUCAGGGCCGCAUCGCCGCCCUCCGCGACGCUGGCGUCGUCCACCGCGACAUGGCCCGUGCUUGGGCCAAGUUCCACACCUUUGCCUGUACCAUCCGCUACAAGGCCCAUUUCAUGCACGGCUGUGAGGAGGAGUCGGUUUGGUACGCCGACGCGACGCCGCCGGCUACACUCUCUCAACUGGUUCAGCUCACGCGAGAUGACUCGACGUACCUCCGCAACGCCGUCACCCUUGUCCUCCACCCGCUCUCAGCCAUGCUCUCCGACUUUACCACCUCGUGGGGCGAGUCCGCCCCCUUCGCCGCCAUGAAGCACAUGGUCGAGGCGCGCUGGGCGUGGAAAAUGGACGCCAUCGCCGAAGUAGUGAGCGAUGGCGAGCUUGUCGGCGAUGCCCGACUCAGCGCCUACGCCGCCGCUGGCCCGCAGGCCUUUAUCGGCGUCCGCGACGGCCGCGUCCGCCGCCUCCGCGACGAGUUUGCCGAGGAGCUGUUUACGGCCACAGGCGUGACACAGACUUCCUCCCACGGCCGCCGCAACGUUGUCCAAGUCGGCGGCUUCCACUUUAAGCAAAACCCGGAGCUCCCCGGUGCCGAGCUCGCCGUCCACCUUCUCGCUCACCUGGUGUUUGGCGACGGCACACCGCCGACCGACCUCAUCCGCGUGAGGCACAUCAACGACGACGCUGACUAUGUCUUUCAGGUCUCAGAGACCGUGCCUGGUCCCAUUCUCAAGGACGUGCUCGCAUCUGCGCUUGAAGUGCCCGGCCUCGACCACGCGUACUUUUCGCAGCAAGUCCUCCUCGCCCUCAUCACCAAUCCCGAGGACGGCAAGCUUGACAACUACGUGGUCGAGGAUGUGGUCGAGCCCGGUGCGCCCAACGGCCUAGUCCGCCGCCCAGUGCCCAUCGACAACGAUCAUGCUUUUGUGGCGCCGCUCAUUGCGCAUCGGCUCUCGGCCGCACAGGCCCGGGUCAAGACGGUUCUUUUCUGCAUGGCCGACAUGAACUUGCCCAUCGACCCAGUCGUUGCCGCCAACUUUACCCGCGUCGAUGCCGAGAGCGUGCUCGGCCACUGGCUCGCCGAGCUCGAUGCCUACCACCGGCGAAUGGAGACCAUUGCGCCACCGGCGAUAAUCGAUGCACUCGCCACCCGCCGCAACUUUCCCACAACGCUGGAGAUUCGCUUCAAGCCGGGCCUCGUCUUUGUCAUCUUUAACAAGAUUCUCACUCUGCAGUCGGCUAUCACGUCGAUGAGUGAAGGCGAGCCGCUGACCUUGCGGGACCUGCUCCAGGCCGGCGAGCCGACUCUGGCGCCGCUCUACGCCACCGUCCUCGACAACGAGAGCCUCCCGUCGGCUGCCGCACGCUUUGCCGUCAUUUCCUCUGGCCAGUACAAGAGCUCACGCGGCGGUGGCCUCGUCACCGUCACGCCGAGCAUCCAGAUCCAGCGCAACCAGCAGGCAUACGUCGCCACCUCGCUGGCCGAGGAGAAGCGGCUCCGUCGCCUGCACGCGCCACCCAAGGCCGGACUGUCGUGGAGGCGCAAGUCGGCGCGGGACCUGGCUCGCGAGGCCGGCCUCGUCACUCCCAUCGAACUCACCGGCGAGCUGAGCAAGCUCGUCAAGGCGCAGGCUGCCAACGCGCUCCGCGACCUCAUGCGCGGCGACCUCGCUGCCUUUAUCAACCUCCGUCUCUCGCAGUUCAAGGAGGACGUCGUGUCCCGUGUCGACUUUGCCUCGCUGGAUCCUCUCCGCCAGGGCCACCUCUUUGACGCCAUGAGCGGAACUUACUUUCGGAAGCUCACCAUCCAGGGUUCGUCACUCCUCACCGACACCAUGCUGUCGGCGAUUCUCAAGCACUGCCGCAAUCUGACCAAGCUCGAUGUCUCGGGAUGCGAGAAGCUGGUCACUCUCGGUGACCUGGCCAAGUAUGCAAGCAACCUCCGGGUUCUGGUCGCUUCCGGCACCAGAGUCACCGACGCCGUGCUCGAUCAAGUCGAGCGAGCCGCGCCCGACCUUGCCGUCUGCACACUAAGCAACGCAAAAUGGGCCCCGCUCCGCACCUUUGUGGCGCACGAUCCGCGGCUCAUCUUUGCACGAACCCCGCGUACCUUUCAGCAUGGUCUCCGGAUGCUGUUUGCCUUCAACUCGCGCCACCGCCCGAUCACGCACCUCGAUCUUCGCGGCUGUGGGCUUGUCGACAGCCAAGCGCUGCUGCUCGUCAACGCAAUGAGCGCCACGAAAUCUAUCCGCACACUCAACGUUGCACACAACGCGAUCACCGGAGACGUUGCUUGGGACCUUGUUUUCCUCAUUCUCGGAUCGGACACUCCUGGCAGCGCAGGACCGGUGAGCGACGGCGGAUCGAACGCUUUUGGCAGUGCAGAAUCAGAGAGCAUCCGCGGAAAUGCUGUCGUGCCCAUUCUCGGAUCGGACACACCUGGCUGUGCAGAACCAGUGAACGAUGGCGGUGACGCCGGCGUCACGGCCAGCAGCGGCUCGCCCCACGGCAGUGUGAGCGAGUGCGUGGCGGGCGAGAGUUGCUCGGGCAAAGAGUCAGACAUUGACAACCAGGCAUCCGAUGGCCAUAGCGACCCCAUCCCGCCGGUGCUUGUCCCGGCCGACCCUGCUGUUGAGCUUGUGGCUGUCGACAUUUCGUACAACCCACUCACCCAAGAGACGUACGACCGCAUCCAGACUGUGGUUUCUCGCUUGGCGGAACUUCCGACAGUCCUAGCAGAUACGCUGUAUCGGCAGCGGGCAGACGAUGCAGACGAGCUGGGUCCGGCCCCCGAACCGAUCGGGCGUGUGGAGCACUCGAUGCGGCAGCUGGUCGAGGAGGCCAACUCGUGGUGGAUGAGCAAGCGGAUUGUGUUCGAGCCUCGUGCCCAAGUACGUUCGAAGAAGCCGCGGCGGGCCAAGAUCGGCGGCGGACCUGGUGGCGGGCUGCUCGGCGGCGGAGAGACACGGGCGCGAGCGGUAUCUGUUCGCCACGACGCCGGCGUCGAGUCUGAGACCGGCUCUGAGAUCUCCGUUGCCGGCGAUGUGGUGCGCGAAACGACGGCUGUGCCGCUCUUCAAGCUCCCUGUCACCUAUGGCUCGCGAGCAGAGUCGUUCCAGGUCGGCGAGAGUCUCGAGGUGACGGCGAUGGCUCAACUAGAGUGUCGCGACGUCGUAGCGGUGGCGGUCCGGCUCCCACCGUGCCGAUGCGCACUGUGCGUAGAGCAGUACGGCCACAAGGCGCGCAAGUUUGCCGGCGAGCACGACGGUGGCGUGGUUGUUGUCUUUGACACGAGCACCAUGCCUUGGACGGUACUCAUCACACUCUCGGGUCCCGGGUACGUGGUUACGGCGCUGAUGUGGAAGAUGCCGCAGCGGCAGCUUGUCGCUGGCGAGGGCUCACAGCAGUCGCGGGACUCUGCAGGUAACCUUUUUGUGUGGCAUCUUCGCGACGUGAUCCACGACCCGCGGACGCGCCGGGUGGUAACGAGCCUCGACGAGGCCGAGGCCUCGCCGUUUGGGCGGUCUUCAGUCGUCUUGCCUACCAUUUAUCGGCCGGUAGUGCUUGUCGACACGCGCAGCUCCGAGCCUGCGGCGCGAAGCGAGGUCAUCCGCGGGGAGUCGAUGAGGCGGCUGGUGGACAUAGCGCGCCCGGGCCUUGUCUCGUAUCCGGUCCUGAGUCUGGCACAACUCGACGAGAAGCAGAUUGCGGUCGGCCGCUAUGGGCACAACAUCGAGAUGUGGCACUGGAAUGAGCUACCGGGUGAUGGCGGCGAUUCGGGGCGCAGCAAGUUGCACCUCGGCGACGAGCUGGAUGGCCACACUGACGCGGUGCGGCAGGUGGCACCCACGGCUUGCGGCGACCUGGUCUCGGCCUCAUAUGACGGAACGGUGCGUUUGUGGUCGCGUGGACUGCCGCUCGACACUAUCUCACCGGGCAUCGGUGACCUGUAUGCCAUGGUUGUGCUUGCCGAUGGUCGGCUUGUUGUCGGCGGGCACUCGGGCCAGCUAGCGGUUGUCUCGCUCAAGCAGCCCUACGACAAGGGGCUCGAGUCGUCUGUGACGCGGCUCGCCGUUGCGCACACUGGCACCGUCGUUCACCUGCAACAGCUGCACGACGGACGGGUGCUCUCGAGCGCAUCCGGCAAGCCGCCAGCCGACUCUCUUGCUCACCUUGCCAACACGGUGUGCAUCUUUGAUGUCGACGUAGCAGCCACCGGCGGCUCUGCCGACCUCACGUUCUCGACCCGGGAGGCCAUUGUUGGCGUUAUCGAGACAGGUGACGGCUCGCUGCAGCUGGUCGACCGCGGCGGCCUUGUGUCGCGGGUUGAUCUCGAGCACACGUAGGUUGCGUUUACCGAGUUCACCCGUUUGGGCGCUGUCUACGACUUUCUGCGAGUGACAUGGUCGUACAGCACACACUGGACGUACUGCGUGUUCUCCAAUGGCUUGCGGAACGACGAGUGGCCCGGAUGCUCCUCGGGGCUGACGUUGAUGAUCUUGCGAUCGCGCUUGUUCUUAAACUGCAGGCCUUUCUC